GCAUGCGAACUGCAGUCAUGCUUGAAUAAGAAUACGUACACUCCAGAGAAGUGCGAGAAGCACAUGCGAGAGCUCUAUCUGUGUUGCGACUCAAUGUACAAGGCUACGCAGGAUAAGGGCGAGUCAUCUGCCUGUCCUAUGCCCAGCGUCGUGAGGAGAUGGUUGAAAAACCACCCCCAAUAA